UGCUUCUGUUUACAGCCUUGAAUAUCUGACAUAUCUUGGUCUCUCAAACACCAGUCAGACCUGCUCGCAUCUGAAAGUCUAAAAGCGUCCUGUCGCAUAACCAGUCGAGACCUGACCUCCGACCACCUUCAUGUCCUGAUUCCCUCAUCCAGGCUCAGCAUCACCGCAAGACUUCAAUGAUGGAGCGCGUCCAGCACAUCACCAAGUCGGCCAUGCGCCGCGCGUCCCAAAUCGAGGUGACUCCGCAGGCCAAGAGGAACCUGCAGGAGCUCUUCAUCAACUUCACCCUCCUCCUCAUCUGCUUGCUUCUCAUCUACAUCAUCGUCCUGCUGAGCAGCUGAUGUGUGGAACGGGCGACCUUUACACUUCACUCAUCCACUUCAUGUGUGACUGCACGUCUCCCUACAGCUACUCCAAGCCCGACUUGGUGUGUUGUAUACAAUGUAUUUCAGUUGAAGAAUGAGUAAGCCACAGUAUGCACCACCUAUCAGCAGUGUAGAGUUGGAAAGCUUGCACAAUUACAAUAUGUGCAAUGUGUCACGAUAACUUUAAAAAAAAAAAGAAAAAAAAAAGUGAAACUCACAGCUACUCUGGACUUCUAUCAGUUGUUUUUUGUCACAGUCCCGUCCUGAGAAGGAAAGAUGAAAUCGUCACUUGAUGCACACUCUUAAAUAAAAAGUAACAAUGGCGUCACAGAGAACAUCAUUUGCUGUUUAAUUAAGACCGCAGUUGCCUGACACAAUUGAAAUGGCGUGCAAAGCUUCGUUGUGUUGCAGGAAAAGCUAAGAUUUGAAAAAAAAUAAAAAUAAAAUAAAAUACAGGAUAUGUCAACUUGACCCAGAAUUUCUGAAAGCAAAAACAGUGAGGGGCAAAUGAAGCUUCAAAUUACUUCAUGAAGCAAUUAUAUUUUGACUCCUCUAGAUGGCACUGUUGGGUUCAAUAAAAGGUUUUAUGAAAUGCCAAGAUAUUGUGCAUCAUGCAUUCAGUCCAAUGUUGAACUGAGAGCGCCAUCUCGAGGAGUCAAAAAUGAGAACUGCUUCAUGAAGCAAACUCAAAGCUUCAUUUUCUUCUAGUGAAGUCAAUCAGAAGUGAUAUCCAAGCCCCAGUGGCGAGCGGUGCUUUAGUGAAAAGUGUCGGCAGACAAAUUGCAGAGAGCAAUGAAUUCUGCAAAGAGCUACACAGUCGGCUGUCCCCAUAUUGUUUGUUAUUCUUAUGCCGGUUUAACGAUUACAAAAUGUUGAGAUUUGAAAACGAGUGAAAAUUUUAUACAUAUGGAUAAGCCUGUCUCGUUAUAAAUGGUUCACCAAAAUGGUUUGGUAGGAACUGGAAGCUUAUUUUGAGCAGUUGAUCAAGUUACUACCCUUUUGACAUUUUUAAAA